UCCGAGCCGUCUUGUUCGCAUUCGCAAAGCUCGCAAGGGGGAGGAGUGGCAGGCAAGACCGAGGCAGCGGUGGAGAAGCACAAGACAGAUUGUCUCUUGACACGAAAACAACGAGUGGAAAGUGGUGCAGUGGCCGCCCGAUGGCUCAUUAGACUUUGUUUACAUGCCGGACGAAGAGCAGAGAGGUCCGCCGAGGUCUGCAUGCGCCUCCAGUCAAAAUGUCCGCCCUUCCUAUGUCCGCCCCGGUCACCCCGUCCACGUCCCCGCACCACAAGUCGUCGGGUCCUGGCCUGUACGAGUUCCUCAUCGAAGCGGAACUGCAGCACUAUUACUCGGGCAUCAAAAACACUCUCAAGAUCACUAAUGUGUCCCAGUUGAAAUACGUAACCGAAGAUGACCUGAAUCAAAUAGGAAUGUCCAAGCCGGAGAUGCGGCGACUCAAGAAGUUUUUCGACAAAUACUACCCUCAAAACUACUUUUCUAAGUUUAAAAAGAUGAUUUUACACAAAAAAGAAGAGCACAAUCGGGCGGGCCUCAGUCUGCCUGACGAGCGGGCUGAUCGGCCGCCAAUCAAGGUUCCAAAUAAACAUAUCAUUCCUAAAGAGGCAAUCAUCGUGAACAAAGAGCUUGGAACUGGCGAGUUUGGCGUCGUGCAGCAAGGCGUUUGGUCCAACGACGGCGAAAGGAUUCAAGUGGCCAUCAAGUGCCUGAGCCGCGAGCGGAUGCAAAACAACCCGAUUGAGUUCCUCAAAGAAGCUGGCAUCAUGCACGCGAUCGACCACGAGCACGUCGUCAGACUCUACGGUGUCGUUUUGGACUCGGACUCGCUCAUGCUGGUUACGGAACUAGCACCGCUCCGCUCACUGCUCGAGUGCCUGAAAGAACCGUCCCUCCGCUCGAGCUUCCCUGUGCUCACUUUGUGCGACUUUGCCGUCCAGGUUUGCGAUGGGAUGCAAUACCUAGAGAUGAAAAGGCUCAUCCACAGAGACCUGGCAGCCCGCAAUAUCCUUGUCUUCUCGAAAAACAAAGUGAAAAUUUCCGAUUUUGGUCUGUCCAGGGCGCUCGGCGUCGGCAAGGACUACUACCAGACCAACUUCAAUGUCAACCUCAAGCUUCCUAUUGCUUGGUGCGCUCCCGAGUGCAUCACCUUCCUGCGCUUUACCUCCGCGUCAGAUGUUUGGGCGUACGGCGUGACCCUUUGGGAAAUGUUCAGCUACGGCUUCCAGCCUUGGGCAGCGCUCACAGGCCAGCAGAUCCUCGAGGCCAUCGACGAGCCUUCGUGCCAGCGGCUGGAACAGCCCGACUGCUGUCCCAGGGACUACUACACACUGAUGCUCAAGUGCUGGCACCACGACCCUGUCAAGAGGCCCAAGUUCGCAGACCUCAUGGGUCUUCUGCCUGACUGCAAGCCAGAGCAGGUGCAGGCCGUCCAGGACAGUCCAGACGCGGGACGCGUGAAAAGGGACCACCUCAGCUUCAAAAUGGGCGAAAUCAUCACGGUCUUGGACAGAGGAUCAAGUGGCACUUGGAAAGGCGUGCUUCAGAAUGGCAAAGCAGGAUCUUUCAAUCCAGCCUGCACUGUGGCUUACUUGGGAUUAAAUCUGCCGUCCAACAAAAGCGAAUUCACCAGAGGAGAUGGCAAAAACGCGUACUCAUCAAAGAGAAAGCUUCGAACCGACAUGAUAUCCGCGCCCCAGGGUGACGUCAAGCAUAUGGGUCACGUUGGCAUGGACGGCGCCUACUUCGGCGACAUUUCCUUCCUCGGAGGAAAGUCCACCGCAAGCACUUCAUCUCACUCCCUGCAGUACCCACACUUACCUCGCCAGGUGGUGACACCGUACAAGCCGUCGCUCGACCAGCCCGGCCCGAGCCACACUCGCAACCCGUCCGACUCGUCCGACAGAGCGCCUCUGCUCCUCUCGGCCAAAAGUCCGCCCGCCAACUCGGGUUCGGAUUGGAGUGAUUCGGCGUCUGCCACCCCCAUCAUCGGCAAAGGGGGAAAGUUUUUGAUGGACCAUGAGUAUCACGAAAUCAGUGAUGAGGAAACCGUUGCUGAGAGUCCCAGAUUCGAGAAGUCUUUCGACUUUGGCCCUAGUCUAGUGGAUGAGAUGGACGCCAUGUUCAAAUCAUUCGGAUCACCAAGCAAAACGCCUCAGAGGAUGGAAUCUCCGCCGCCGUCGCCAAUGGCGAAGGUGCCUCUGCCCCUUACGCCCAGUCUGCCGGUGGAGCAGGAAGAAUCUCGCGACGUGACGCACAACGUACGCAACGAGCUGCGCGAAAUCGCCGCCCGGGUCACCGGCGGCAGCAAGAAGAAGCAGGCGACCGUGAAGCCGAUUUCGGCGGCAGACCAGCGCUCGCUCGAGUCGGCCAUCGCCAUGGCCAACGAGCUCGCGUCCAUCUCCAUGCAGGAGCUGGACGGCAGCGAGAUUUCGCCGCCGCCCGAGUCGCCGCACACGCCCCUCUCGCCCAACAAGCGCAAGUUCUCCUUCAAGUUACCCUCGAACAAAAGCCCAAAGCCCGAGAGGAGGAACUUUGCCGAGGAGGCGGCCAGCAUACCUGAUAUCCAGGAGACGCUGACCGACGAGGCCAAGACCGCGUACAACCUGCUGGUGGAGUCGGGCGGCGCCGGCUCGGCGCCGUCGGUCCUCUCGGACGACGACAAUCCCCUCCGGAUGCUCCGCUCGGGCAUGACCGUCCGGCCGCGCGUCCGCGGCAACAAGCAGCGCCACCUGCAGGAGCGACAGGCCUCCUCCGAGUGGCCCCCGCACUCGUCCCGCAGCCUCCCCCGCCCCCGCACCAACAGCCACCCCCAGCCGCCGCCCACCAUCCUGGCGCCGGCGCCGCCGGGCCGCCGCCGCAGUGAGGCGCCGCUCAUGCCGCCCCCGCCGGUCCCAAGCAGGAGUGGCUCCGAGGACAGCCUCCACCAUUCGGAGAACGAGUUCCGGGAAGACUUGAAUGCAAACCCGAUUCCCCUUCCACCGAGAGACCCGAAUCUCCAGUUGACCAACAAGCCACGCCACCAGAGGAAGCACCCCUUAGUCAUACCUGCCCUUCAAAUUUCAGGGUUCAAAGGAAAGCUGCCGGCCGUGGACUGCAGUCACUUGACAGAGCCCAAAUCCCCUUCGCAGUUCAGCGAUACCUCCUCGGACGGCGGCGGCGGCGGAGGAAAUGCUGUCAAAUACAACAUGUUGGACGACAGCUUCGACAACCAAAUCGCCAACGAGCUGGCCGCCUUGGACAACAUUCCCGAGGAGGAAUCGCAGCAGCACAACAACUCGCCGGCGCGGCCGUCGCACCCGCCUCCGCCCCCGCCGCCUCCGCUGGCCGAGCCAGAAGACGAGCUGGAGGACGACGAGGACGAGGAGGUCCUCCUCCUGCGCAACGGCGACUACGUGUCCUGCGAGGAGCUGCGCGACUUCGCCUGCGACGUGCCCAACGUCCGCCGCACCCAGGGACCCACGCACGGACCACAGUCGGAUGAAGUGCGCAUCAUGACCAAGGUCCUCGGCAAUGCGGUGUCAGCGAAAGAGUGCGUGAUGGCGUUAGACGUGACCAAGUGGGACGUGCACCGGGCCAUCAAGGUGGCGCGGCUGCAGGUGCUGCUGGGCGAGUGCAAGACGGAGAUGCUGGUGGCGUACGAGGCGCUGCAGCAGAGCAACUGGGACGUGGCCCGCGCCGCCGAAUGGGUCAUCAACGGCGAGGACAGCGACCAGGCCACCGACGUCUGAUUUUUUUUGUGGAAAUUAUACGUGCCUUUGCAUUUCGUCAAACGUGUUCACAUCUCUCCUUUGUUUUCUCUCUCUCUCUUUUGUGAUGAUGCGAAAUUUUAUCAAAAUUAAAUAUCGGAAUUAAUUAUUGUUGUUAAUCAGAAAUUGAAGCAAACGUAGUCAAGCGCAGGUUUAAGUGUUAAAUUAUGCGGAACCAGAUUAUAAAUUAAUGUACGUAGCUAAAUUAAUUUAUGAAAAUCGAUAUUUAUAUGCGAGGUUGUAAAUUAUAUUACACGGUGUAAAAUUCUCAAUUUUCUUGCAGCUCUUUUUGCCUUGGAUUCAAAUUUUACGCAUUCAGAAGCAGCGUGUCAAUUGAAUACUCAGUGCCUCUGAGGAUGUUCUCUCUUUUUAUACGAUUAUAUACUCCUAAUUUUAACAGAAUACACACAGGUCAAUUUUUGUACUACCGCAGUAUGUUGUCACUCGACACGCACCUAUCGAUUAUGCAACUCUUAUAUACAUAUACAAUACUUCUUGAUGGUUUUCUCAAUUUUUUUGUACAAAUAAAUCUCGACUUUUUAAACUGCA